AACAUUCAAAUGGACAAAUAGAUAACCACAUAAAAAGGGAAAGAACUCAAGGAGAAAGCCAAUAUUUGCCCACCAAACUUAGCUAUAUAACUCAACUUUCUCUCUCCAUUUCCCAUUUCCUAACCAAAGAAAACACAAGAGAGAGUUGAGUAACAAUGAAGUUUCACAACAAAAACAAUAUCUUCUUUCAUUCAAUUUUCUUAACCAUAAUUAUUCUUUUAACCCACGGGUCACUUACCCGGGCCAGCCCAAUCAAAACCAUUGUCAUUUUAGUAAUGGAGAACCGGUCUUUCGACCACAUGUUGGGUUGGAUGAAAAGACUCAACCCGGAUAUCGACGGCGUAAACGGGUCCGAGUCAAACCGGGUUUCCCUCUCUGAACCGGAUUCACCACUUAUUUUGUACAACGAUACGGCCCAUUAUGUGGUUGAUCCGGACCCGGGUCAUUCAUUUCAAGCAAUAAGGGAACAGAUUUUCGGGUUGGGUCAAACCGGGUCUGAACCGGCCCGUAUGAAUGGGUUUGCUCAACAAGCUUAUGAUGUUAAUAAGAGUAUGGAUAUGGCUAGACAUGUUAUGAAUGGGUAUAGACCGGAAAUGGUACCGGUUUACAAAAGUUUGGUUCAGGAAUUCGCGGGUUUCGACCGGUGGUUCGCUUCGGUUCCUUCGUCGACUCAACCGAACCGGCUUUUUGUUCACUCGGCUACUUCGGGUGGAGCUACUAGUAAUAUCCCAGCCUUACUUGCUAAAGGCUACCCACAAAGGACAAUAUUCGAGAACUUGGAAAGUGGAGGGAUACCCUUUGGAAUUUACUACCAAAAUAUUCCGGCCACAUUGUUCUAUCGCAACCUAAGAAAGCUCAAGUAUGUCACCAAAUUCUUACCCUAUGGUACGUUUUUCAAAAGGCAUGCUAGGGCAGGGAAGCUCCCGGGUUACGUCGUGAUCGAACAACGUUACACGGACACGAAGUCGGAACCGGCUAACGACGAUCACCCGUCGCACGACGUGUACCAAGGCCAGUUGUUCGUAAAGGAAGUGUACGAAACCCUAAGGGCUAGUCCGCAGUGGAACGAAACGUUACUAUUGAUCACCUACGACGAGCAUGGUGGGUUUUACGAUCAUGUCCCUACCCCGGCUAGUGGGAUCCCUAGCCCUGACGGGAUAGUGGGGCCUGAACCUUUCUUGUUUAAGUUCGAUAGGUUGGGAGUUCGGGUCCCAACUAUUGCGGUUUCGCCUUGGAUCGAAAAGGGUACUGUUGUACAUAAGGCUAAAGGACCGUAUCCGACAUCGGAAUACGAGCACUCGUCGAUUGCAGCUACGGUCAAGAAACUCUUCAACCUGUCUAGCCCUUUCUUAACCAAAAGGGAUGCUUGGGCUGGCACCUUUGAGGGCAUUGUACAAACCAGGACUGAACCAAGAACAGAUUGUCCAGCGCAACUGCCGACGCCGGUGAAGAUAAGGAAGUCGGAGGCCGACGAAAACAGGCCGAUGAGCGAGUUCCAGCAAGAGCUGAUGCACCUCGCCGCGGUGUUGAAAGGCGAUAACAUGCUUUCGAGCUACCCGGAAAGUAUAGCGAAAGGGCAGACGGUGAAGCAAGGGAAGGAGUACAUGGAGGAGGCAGUGAAACGGUUUUUCGAGGCAGCACGGCUUGCUAAGAAGUUGGGCGUUGAUGAUGAACAGAUUGUUAAAAUGAGGCCUUCUCUUACUUCAAGACCUUCAAAAUCUGAUAGUCAACAACAACAACAUCCUUAAACAAUUGUAGUUAAGUUGUAUCAAUGUAGUUAAGAAAUUGUAUGCAAAAGUUUUAGAUAAGAAGUUAUUCUUGGCUUCUUGCUGUAAUUUGGAAGGGAAUUAUAAGUUUAUAACAAUGUAACAUUAUCAUCAA